GAAUGUUACAUGAUGGUGUUGCAAUUAAUAGGUCACCUGCCGCCACCCCUUUAAACUCCGGUUUGCAGUGAUCACAUGCUUAGGAUACGCCACCUAGAGGCGCAACUUGCGAGCUCCAAAGUGGAGCCAUUUCCUCCUUGCAGCUGUUUAAAGUCCCGUGUUUACGUUUCAAAACCGUUUCACUGCAUUUUGCAGAGACCGCUGUGAGCCCACGCAAGGCACCGACAUCUUUUAGCAGGUAAAACAACCUCACGCGCAACAAGGAUUAGACGGCGAGCAACUGCUUCUGAAUCCAUAUGCACGGGAUCCGUAUGCAAAGCGCCCUCUGGAGUAACUGGGGCGUGCAAAUUGCACGUGCAAAAUAAAAUAAAAUAAACAAAUAAACCCAAACCACCUGGCUUAACCUGAGAAAGCAAGUAGAUUUUCCCCCCGGGGUGAGGAUGGUGAAUUUCCCUUCCAAAUCUGCAGCACAAAUCUUAAUCCUGCUUUUUACUCCCUCCCAAGUUAUUAAAAGACACCCAUUCCUCGGGCUGCGAUCCUUAAAGGCGUUGCAAUGGAUCCCCAAGCGGGGUGGGAGGAGCCUGUGAGAUCUCCCUCCUUUUCUUUUACCACUGUAUUAAUUAACACCAUUUUUUAAUACAUUAGUGGCCAUGUGAUCAUUUUAGCUUAUACAUAUUAUUGUUUAAUGUCUUAAUUUGUAUAUUAAGGUACUUUUAUAGCUCUGUUUAGAGUAGGUAACGUCUUGAAAACAUAAACGUUUUAAGUUUUUUGCAUUAAUCCAGUAUAUUUUCUUUUAAUUUUUGAUUCUGUGUACAUUGCGGCAGCCUUUGGCUAUGUGCAAUAAAACUGACGAUUAACUGACUUUUCUUUUACCGGCCGUUGCAGAUUUCUUCCUCGCCCCGCCCCCCAUUAGCUUCCAAGUGGAUCCUCACUCAAACACGUGGAGAAGCAGCUGGGUUUUAAUUUAUUUGCAACCUGGUAGGGGAAAUUGGAGGCGGGGUUCCUAGAUGGUGGGAGAGCAAUAAAAAAAUAAAUAAACCACUCAAAUAAAUAUAUAAAAGAAAUAAACCACUCAAAGCGUGGUCUUCCCUUGCAACGUGGGGUGCAAGGAACCCCCCAUGAAUUACCCCCAUGGUAUUGCAAACCCUCUUGCCCGCCCACCUCUUUUCCCUGUUGCAUGCAUUUUGCACCCUCGCCCAUUUAACUUUCUGUGUUUGCAAGUAGGUUCCCCCCUCACAGAAAAAUUGCACCCCUACUUUUAACCCCAAGGGGUGCAUUGAAUCUGCUCCAUCUCCCCCUCUUAAUUUGCAGCAGGCGCCCCUUUGCCCCCCCACCGCCUCUUCUCCCUGUUGCAUCCAUUUUGCACCCUCGCCCAUUUAGCUUUCUAGCUCGCUGUGUUUGCAAGCAGGUUCCCCCCCAAAUAACACCCCCCCAAAAUGCAACCCUCCUUUGCACCCUAAGGGGUGCAUUGAACCUGCUUCAUCCCCCCCUCUUAAUUUGCAGCAGGCGCCGCUUUGCACCCUCCCACCUCUUAGCACCAAGGCAAUUUUUUUGUGAUUGCCUUCAGCGCCCCCUUUUUCUUCCAUGCACCCCAUUUUUCUGCAACCCCCCCCAAACUGCCAGAGUUAAUGCUUUCCUUCCUUGCACAUUUCCUGCUUUUCAUAGGAUACCCCCCCUCCACUUCCUUUCCCCCCCAGCUGGCUUUGGGACACUCCAAAGCCCCAUCUCCUCCUCUGCGCCUCCCCAAUUAAUCCGAAUUAACGGGGGAGGCAAGAAAGGGGCUUGUGUGGAAACACCUUUUGGGGGGGCUGUGGAAGCUGCAUUUUAAAUGGCAUUUUAACCUGAAUUUUAAAUUGGCCCCCCCUUAUGUUUUUACUGUGAUUUUAUUGGUGUUCGCCCCCUGGCCGGGGAGGGCGGGGUAUAAAUAAAAUUUAUUAUUAUUAUUAUUAUUAUGGGAUAGGCGGGGUGGGUCUCCUUCACAUUUCAGGGAGGGAGAUUUGGGUGGGACGUUCGAUCUUUUGGGAGAGCGAUUUUUGAUUUAUUGGGGGGGUUAUUGAGCUUUGGGGCAAAGGGGCUAAAUUAUUGGAUUAAAUUAUUGGGGGGCCCUUAUGUGGAGGUUUUUCAGGGGGUAUCUCCUGUGAGGGGGGCAGUGAGAAGGAAUGUGGGGCUUUUUUGGGGGGCGAAGAAAUACUAAAAGUCAGCCCCCCUUCUCCAUGAAAUCCUCCUCACUGAGGCCAAUUUGGGGCCAUUUUUCUAGCGGGGAUUCCCUCCAGGUUUUUUUUGGGGGGGGGGAGGCCAUUUUUUUGGGGGGGGGUCCUCCUCAGAGCUUUGGGGAAACUGAGGGGCGACUUGGGGUGAGCGGAGGCCAUUUUGCGAGCGGAAAAAGCUCUGGGAGGGGGGAAUAGCGGCCAUUGCGGCGUUUGGUUUAUUCUGGUUUAACAAAAUUUAAGCGGCUUCCCAUCUAUUAAGACGCCCCCAUGUAUAAGUAUUUUUGGGGACUCCAAUUUAAGAAAAUGGGGGGGGGGGGGAGAUGGCUCCGUGUAUAAGAUGCGCCACGAUUUUGAACAUUAUUUAGAGUGAAAAAACCUAGUCUUAUACACGGAAAAAACCGGUGAUUUGUGGAUGAACCGUUUGAUCGGUUGGCCGGGCAACAGAUUUUGAAUUUGGAUACGGGGGCCACAGUUUUUGGUUUAGCGCCUCGGGCGCCAUCUUGGAAGAGGCCUUUUCUCCCUGUUUGGGACCAAAGUGGGGAAGAAGGCGGCCUCUCCUGAGGGACAAAGCGGGUGUGCUAUCGUCCCCUGAAAAUGAAGUUUUUUUAGGAAAAAAAAGCACACAAAAGAUUGAUCUAUAGUGCUUUUCACAUGUACCAGUUUAGACAGAUUUAAUCAUUUUGUUCAUGACGACUUAAUUGCAAAACAGAAACAAAACAGGACCCCGUCAAAAUGGUUCACGGCCGGUCAAAUAACGGUCUAAAACUCAUGUUUCCUUAAUCUGGUAGUCUCUAAAAAAAACAAUCCAUUUCCAUUUAAAUAAAUAAUAAUUUUUUAUUUUUACCCCGCCCUUCCCAGUUCAGAAAACCGGGCUUAGGGCGGCUAACAACAAAUUUAAAACAAUUGAUGCAACAAAAAAACAGCAUAAAAUACAGCAUAAAACGUGAAUAGCGAUAAAUUCAGAAUUCAAAAAUCAAUUUAGGGAGGGGAAAUCCAGACCCUUAAAAAUCUCCCCAUCAAGUUUCACAUAACCAUUGAGGGAUGGCAGACUGUCAUCCGCCACAAAAAACACGGCCUUUUCUGUGGUGGCCCCUGGCCUUGAGGAAUCCCUUCCCAAGGGAAGCCUGCCAGAGCCAUACCUUUCUCCCUUGGCCAAGGGCUAGUUGUUCAAGCCUUCCUAUUUUACCAAGACUUGUUGGAAAGGCUUUUCUUCUGGUUUGGCUUUUCAUAAAUCUCUGCUGAUGCUACUGUAUUUCAUUACUGCCGUUUUAACACCAGCAAUUAUCUUGUUUGGUUUUUUUUUAAUCGUUUUUAUUGAUUUUCCAAUAAAAACAUCCAAUUAAAUAUCCAAUCAUAAUACUCCAAUUAGAAAAAUAAAAACCUAAAAUAAAAAAGAUCAAAUUAUAGUCCAAAUUGUAUUUAUUAAUUUCUUGGGGCUCCCCACGGUCUGGAUCUCUGGAGCAGAUCUCCACAUCUUAGUCCUGCUUCCCCUCGCAAUUAUCUUGUUUUCAUACCCAAGCUUCGUCUUACACCUUCUACCCUCACAAGAUCACAGGUUUGGGAAGGGCAUCCAGACAGACCCCCCCAACUUAAAAGCUAUAUAUAUAUAUAUAUAUAUAUAUAUAUAUAUAUAUAUAUAUAUAUAUAUGUAUAGUAGUUUCCUCAAAGCAGUUCACAGAAAAUACACAAAUAUAAUGAUAGCACAAUAUUAUCUCGAGGCAGAUGGUUUUCAACAAUGCAGGAACCUUGGUACAUAACAAAACUUAUAUUGCCCCUGCAACUGAUACAAAACUUAGACAUUCAAGCAAAAAGGUUGUAAUUGUAAAUACCCCUUCUUUUAAUUUUUUUAAAAAAAUGUUAAAUUUUAAGUUUAAAUUUUAAGUUUUAAAUUUUUAUCUGUUUCCCUUCUUCCCAGAAAAAUGUCGGACAAAGAAGAGGCGGCAGGAGAGGGUUGCCAGAAAAUAAAGGCUGCAGCGUCUCUGCAGAAAGAUCGGAUCCAGUCUCCUUGGAGGGAAGGACAACUUCAAACCACUGAGGAGCCUCUUCUUUCUCCAGAGCUCUCUGGAUCCACUAGCGGUGCCACACAAGGAAAGGGUAGAUGCGGAAGAGGGUGAACUGGGCUUGAAAGGAGAAUUAAUAACGCCGUGGUUGCAGCAUUGUUGUGGUAAAGGUAAAGGACCCCUGGACCGUAUGGGGUUGCGGCGCUCAUCACGCUUUCAGGCCGAGGGAGCCGGCAUUUGUCCACAGACAGCUUUCCGGGUCAUGUGGCCAGCAGGACUAAUAUAAUAAUAAUAAUAAUAAUAAUAAUAAUAAUAAUUUAUUAUUUAUACCCCGCCCAUCUGGCUGGGUUUCCCCAGCCACUCUGGGCAGCUUCCAACAGAAGACUAAAAUAGAAUAACCUAUUAAACAUUAAAAGCUUCCCUAAAGAAGGCUGCCUUCAGAUGUCUUCUAAAAGUCUGGUAGUUAUUUUUCUCUUUGACAUCUGCUGGGAGGGCGUUCCACAGGGAGGGUGCCACCACCGAGAAGGCCCUCUGCCUGGUUCCCUGUAACUUCGCUUCUCACAGGGAGGGAACCACCAGAAGGCCCUCGGAGCUGGACCUCAGUGUCCGGGCAGAAUGAUGGGGGUGGAGAUGCUCCUUCAGAUAUACAGAACCGAGGCUGUUUAGGGCUUUCAAGGUCAGCACCAACACUUUGAAUUGUGCUCGGAAAUGUCCUGGGAGCCAAUGUAGGUCUUUCAAGAUUGGUGUUAUAUGGUCUCGGUGGCCACUCCCAGUCCCCAGUCUAGCUGCCGCAUUCUGGAUUAGUUGUAGUUUCCAGGUGACCUUCAAAGUUUCUUGAAGAUGGACUUCUGGCAAGCGAUGGGCUGCACCUCACAAUGGUUGGGAGGAAUGUUUUUGCCAAAAAUCUCAGAAACCUCAUCAGGAGGGCUUUAAACUGACUAAUGUGGGGGAGGGAGACAGUGCUCCUGAAGGUAGGAGUCUAUCAAUUGAUGAAGAUGAUCAUCCAAAUGUCAUAGACCAAAUGGAGCAAACAGCACGCAGACCUAGUGGUGGGAGGAAAAAAUCCUUAAAUAAGAGACACGGGGGAAUGAUGAAUGGACUUCAAUGUCUGUACACUAAUGCGCAAAGCAUGGGAAAUAAACAAGAUGAGCUUGAGCUCUUGGUACAGCAAACUAAAUAUGACAUAAUAGGCAUCACUGAAACCUGGUGGGAUAAGUCCCACGAUUGGAAUGUAAUAAUGGAGGGAUACAAUCUAUUUCAGAGAAACAGACCAGACAAGAAAGGAGGAGGAGUGGCGUUAUGUGUCAGGGAUGUGUAUACCUGUGAAGAGAUCCAAGAUUUAGAACCUCAAAGCCAAAGUGAGAGCAUUUGGGUCAAAAUUAAGGGAGAGAAGAAUAACAGUGACCUCAUUGUGGGAGUUUACUAUAGAUCCCCAAGCCAAACGGAGGACAUAGAUGAUGCCUUCCUGGAACAGAUGGCCAAGCAUGCAAAAGGAAGGGAGAUAGUAGUAAUGGGAACUUCAAUUACCCGGAUAUUUGUUGGAUGUCAAACUCAGCCAAGAGCAUAAGGUCAAACAGAUUCCUCAAUGGCCUUGCAGACAACUUCAUUGUCCAGAAAGUGGGAGAAGCAACAAGAGGAACAGCCAUUUUAGAUCUGGUCCUAACCAAUGUUGAUGACCUGGUUAGUGGGGUAGAAGUGGAAGGAUCAUUAGGCGCGAGUGAUCAUGCUCUUCUGAAGUUUACUAUACAGCGGAAAGGAGCAGCCAAGCAUACUAGGACUCAAUUUCUUGACUUUAAGAAAGCCGACUUCAUAAAACUUAGGGAAGUGCUGGGUGAGAUCCCAUGGACAGUAAUACUAAAAGGAAAGGGAGUUCAUGAUGGCUGGGAGUUUGUUAAGAGGGAGAUAGUAAAAGCACAACGUCAGGCAAUACCAAUGAGACGGAAACUUGGAAGGUUCCUAAAGAAGCCAGGGUGGCUAUCUAAAGAACUUUUAACUGAGUUAAGAUUAAAAAAGGAUGUGUACAAAAAUGGAAAAGGGGAAACCACCAAAGAGGAAUUCAAACAAAUAGCCAGCACGUGUAGACACAAAGUCAGAAAAGCUAAAGCACAGAAUGAACUCAGGCUUGCUAGAGAGGUUAAAAGCAACAAAAAGGCUUUUAUGGGUAUGUUCGUAGCAAAAGGAAGAACAAAGAAACAGUGGGGUCACUCAGAGGAGAAGAUGGUGAAAUGCAAACAGGGGACACAGAAAGAGCUGAAAUCCUCAAUGCCUUCUUUGCCUCAGUCUUCUCCCAUAAAGAAAACAAUGCCCGACCUGAAGAAUUUGGAGCAAAUGAUUCAGCAGAGGAAACACAGCCCAGAAUAAAUAAGGAGAUAGUACAAGAAUACUUGGCUAGUUUAGAUGUAUUCAAGUCUCCAGGGCCAGAUGAACUGCAUCCAAGAGUAUUAAAAGAACUGGCAGAGGUGAUCUCAGAACCACUGGCAGUCAUCUUUGAGAAUUCCUGGAGAGCAGGCGAAGUCCCGGCAGACUGGAGGAGGGCAAAUGUUGUCCCUAUUUUCAAAAAGGGGAAAAGAGAGGACCCAAAUAAUUACCGCCCAGUCAGUCUGACAUCAAUACCAGGGAAGAUUCUGGAGCAGAUCAUUAAGCAAACAGUCUGUGAGCACCUAGAAAGGAAUGCUGUGAUCACCAAUAGUCAGCAUGGAUUUCUGAAAAAUAAGUCAUGUCAGACUAACCUGAUCUCGUUUUUGACAGAAUUACAAGCCUGGUAGAUGAAGGGAAUGCAGUGGAUGUAGCCUACCUUGAUUUCAGCAAGGCAUUUGACAAGGUGCCCCAUGAUAUUCUUGUAAAGAAGCUGGUAAAAUGCGGUCUUGACUAUGCUACCACUCAGUGGAUUUGUAACUGGCUGACUGACCGAACCCAAAGGGUGCUCAUCAAUGGUUCCUCUUCAUCCUGGAGAAGAGUGACUAGUGGGGUGCCACAGGGUUCUGUCUUGGGCCCGGUCUUAUUCAACAUCUUUAUCAACGACUUGGAUGAUGGACUCAAGGGCAUCCUGAUCAGAUUUGCAGAUGACACCAAACUGGGAGGGGUGGCUAACACCCCAGAGGACAGGAUCACACUUCAAAACGACCUUGGCAGAUUAGAGAACUGGGCCAAAACAAACAAGAUGAAUUUUAACAGGGAGAAAUGUAAAGUAUUGCACUUGGGCAAAAAAAUGAGAGGCACAAAUACAAGAUGGGUGACACCUGGCUUGAGAGCAGUACUUGUGAAAAGGAUCUAGGAGUCUUGGUUGACCACAAACUUGACAUGAGCCAACAGUGUGACACGGCAGCUAAAAAAGCCAAUACAAUUCUGGGCUGCAUCAAUAGGAGUAUAGCAUCUAGAUCAAGGGAAGUAAUAGUGCCACUGUAUUCUGCUCUGGUCAGACCUCACCUGGAGUACUGUGUCCAGUUCUGGGCACCACAGUUCAAGAAGGACACUGACAAACUGGAACGUGUCCAGAGGAGGGCGACCAAAAUGGUCAAAGGCCUGGAAACGAUGCCUUAUGAGGAACGGCUAAGGGAGCCGGGUAUGUUUAGCCUGAAGAAGAGGAGGUUAAGGGGUGAUAUGAUAGCCAUGUUCAAAUAUAUAAAAGGAUGUCACAUAGAGGAGGGAGAAAGGUUGUUUUCUGCUGCUCCAGAGAAGCGGACACGGAGCAAUGGAUCCAAACUACAAGAAAGAAGAUUCCACCUAAACAUUAGGAAGAACUUCCUGACAGUAAGAGCUGUUCGACAGUGGAAUUUGCUGCCAAGGAGUGUGGUGGAGUCUCCUUCUUUGGAGGUCUUUAAGCAGAGGCUUGACAACCAUAUGUCAGGAGUGCUCUGAUGGUGUUUCCUGCUUGGCAGGGGGUUGGACUCGAUGGCCCUUGUGGUCUCUUCCAACUCUAUGAUUUAUGAAAGGUAGCCCCACAUAGAGCGCAUUGCAGUAGUCCAAGCGGGAGAUAACUAGAGCAUGCACCACUCUGGCGAGACAGUCCGCAGGCAGAUAGGGUCUCAUCCUGCGUACCAGAUGGAGCUGGCAGACAGCUGCCCUGGACACAGAAUCAACCUGCGCCUCCAUGGACAGCUGCGAGUCCAGAAUGACUCCCAGGCUGUGCACCUGGUCCUUCAGGGGCACAGUUGCCCCAUUCAGGACCACGGAGUCCUCCACACCUGCCUGCUUCCUGCCCCACAAAAACAGUACUUCUGUCUUGUCAGGAUUCAACCUCAAUCUGUUAGCCGCCAUCCAUCCUCUAAUUGCCUCCAGACACUCACAUAGGACCUUCACUGGUUCUGAUUUGAAAACGACUAAACCACUACUGGCGCACGGAGGACCGUGACGAGUGCCAGAACGCACGGAAACGCCGUUUACCUUUCCGCCGCAGUGGUACCUAUUUAUCUACUUGCACUGCGUGCUUUCGAACUGCUAGAUUGGCAGGAGCAGGGACAGAGCAGCGGGAGCUCACCCCGUCGCGGGGAUUCGAACUGCCAACCUUCUGAUCAGCAAGCUCAAGAGGCUCAGUGGUUUCCUCCACAGCGCUACCCGCGUCUGCUCUGACACACGUCACGGCCCUCCGUGCGCCAGUAGUGGUUUAGUCCUGCUAGCCACAUGACCUGGAAAACUCUGGACAAAUGCCGGCUCCCUUGGCUUGAAAGUGAAAUGAGUGCCGCAACCCCAGAGUCGCCUUUGACUGGACUUACCUUUUUACCAUUUCACUAAGAGGGCAAGGGAAUCUGCCAGGUUAAACCUGCCAAAUGUUGUAGCAUUCAUGUCCUGCUUCUGGACUUCCUUAGGGACAUCUGGUUGGCCGCCAUGGAAACAGGAUGCUGGACUAUAUGGGUCUUUGGUCCCAUCCAGCUUCAGGCCUCUGAUGCUCUUAACACUAGCAAUUUGACCUCUUUGGCGGUGCCUUUUCCUGCAAAAUCCAGUCUUCGUAGGGAUCCAAAGGCUUAAUUUAUUCCAACAACCACUUCAUUGCCCUAUUAUUUUAUUUAUUUAUAUUAAAUUUAGAUCCCACCCAUCCCCCCAAGCUAAAGCUGUAAUGCGUAUGCUAAAAGUUGCCACAGGAUUCUUUUUGUGCUUGAGCCGUGUCAGCUCAAAGGGCAGAUUCUUACAAUAUAUGAUGAAUAGUGCAGAAAGUGAUUCCUAGAAAAGUCUACGUAUCUCAAGAGUUUGAAAAUAAGUAGCAGACCUGCAGCAGCUAUACAUUUUCGUUUGUACAGUGGUACCUCAGGUUACAUUUGCUUCAGGUAACAGACUCCACUAACCCAGAAAUAAUACCUUGGGUUAAGAACUUUGCUUCAGGAUGAGAACAGAAAUCGCAUGGCGGCGGUGCGGCGGAAGCGAGAGGCCCCAUUAGCUAAAGUGGUGCUUCAGGUUAAGAACAGUUUCAGGUUAAGAACGGACCUCUGGAACGAAUUAAGUUCUUAACCAGAGGUACCACUGUAAUCACAAUUCUAACCAUACGAUCCAUUUAUUUUGUCAAGCUUUCUGUAUGUGAGAUGCUUCUUAAUAAAUAUUUUACAAAGCACUGGAGGUGAAUGUCUGAUAAAAGGUAACCGGAUGUGCACACUUCUCAACUCUGCAAUGGAAAAAAAUGAGAAUUUGUUAAACUUAGUUACAGGUAGGUAGCCAUGUUGGUCUGCCGUAGUCGAAACAAAAUAAAAAAAAUCCUUCCAGUAGCACCUUAGAGACCAACUACCGUAAGUUUGUUAUUGGUAUGAGUUUUGUGCAUGCACAUGAAAGCUCAUACCAAUAACAAACUUAGUUGGUCUCUAAGGUGCUACUGGAAGGAAUUUUUUUAUUUUGUUUUGUUAAACUUAGUAAAGGUUAAAAGCACAUUCUUCCAUACAGGAGGUAUGGGUGACCUCACAAAGCAGUCUGGGUCUUGUAACCAUCACCCACCCCAACUGUUUCUACCUUAAGUAGGUCUUUUUGCCCUGCCUUGUGGUAAGAUUUAUAUCAGUUGUGGAUUAAUGUAAAUAAAACUGCAUGAUUGCUGCAGGUCUACCCCUUUGUUUUCCUCCUCUUCAUGCGUAGACAUUGGGAGCUGGAAGGUCAGUAUAUUUUGUGGGUGUUGAGGGUAACAGGGAGGUUCCUGCUUUCCUUUCUGCCCCUCUCUUGUGUUUUGUUUCUCUGCUUUGCACCCCUCCUCACUUCCCCACUGAUAUUCUUUCUGCAGCACACCUUCUGCCCUCGGCUUCUUUUAAGGAGCCGCUCCUGGAUGGAUGGGAUCAACCAAUCGAUGAUGUUUCGGAUGCACAACUGGAGAAGCAAAAUGAAAGUAUGUCUUGUGUGUCACACCCACACCAUAUAUUGAAAGCAGGCAUAGGCAAACUCAGCCCUCCAGAUUUUUUGGGACUACAACUCCCAUCAUCGCUAGCUGGCAGGACUAGUGGUCAGGGAUGAUGGGAACUGUAGUCUCAAAACAUCUGGAGGGCUGAGUUUGCCUAUGCCUGAUUUAAAGCAUGUGGAUUUAAAAAUCCUCCGAACAGACGGCAGUGUGUUCCUCACAGAGCCACAGUUCCCAGCAUAAUUCUCAACAAGCAGUGUACUUUGAAUGUACAGUUUCUACCUAGUAAACGCUCACUCCCUUCCCAUGGAUCCUCUGAAUAGUGAAGUGGUCUAAACAGCUUGGAGAGUCACCCUCCCCACCCAUUCUCAUAAGGACUAGGAAUGAGCUAUGGUUUUCUGAUGGUGUGUAGCAUGGUGCGUUCUCUGGUUCUGCGACUACCAGAGGAAGGUGCUCUGCACAUGUUCAGAGCUGCUCUUGUUGCCUUGUAUGUCCCAAUGCACUGAGAGGCGUUUCUGAAGUUGAGUGCUGUCUCUCCAAACUGGUGGAGGCUGAACAUUUCCUUUCCAAUCCUAAAUUGUGAGGGUGGGUUCACACACAAACGUAGAAAGGAGGUUAUGAUGGGAAUGGCACAAUGUACUGUACCGCAAAUUGUAACGGGCAGAUUUAAUACAAGGUGGCUGUCUCUCAGUACAUCUCUUCACCUCAGUUGUCUUUUGUGUCUUGUAGGCUUGCCUGUUCUCCCAGUUUCUUCUGUAAAACCUCGGCCUGCUGGUAAGAAUAACAUUCUUCAAAAACAUGGCUUUCCUUUAACAUUAAUUCCUUGUCCUAUAUCCAUAACUUUCAUGUGUUGUUCAUAGCAAAUGUUGAAUGCAUUUAUUCCUUUUAAUAGUCUUCCUGCUUUUUAAGAUGCAAGUGACAAACUGCCUGUGGCCUUUUGCCUUACCUGCACUUGGUACGGGGUUCUGCACAAGGGCGACUAGGGCUGGGAAAGACGCCUUCCAGAGAUCUUUGAAAGCCCCUGGCAAUCAGUGCCAAGGGAAGGGGAACCUUUUUCAGCCUGAGGCUUGCAUAAUUUGCCUGCCCAUGCUUAAAACUGCCGUCUGUCUCCAGCCCUGUGAGGAGGGAACAGUCAGCAAGUGUCCACUCUCUUUUCAUGAGGUCUCUGGCAUUUGAAAAAUGGUACUGGGGCUGAGCCCACCCCCCCACAUGACAUUAGAUCUCGUCACGUUUGCAGAAUAAGCAGAGGCGUCCAAAGAGUUACCCCAAGGAAAAGAACCUGCCCCCUUUCUCUCCACCAGAAAUCGAAGUUUCCCACACACAACGCUGUGCCGCUAUUACCAGUGAUAUUUGUGAAAUGCUGAUUGGAGAAGACGUGCAGUACCAAGGCUGCAUGAGCAGUGUGGCAGCAUUCAUACUGGAGAGAGGUGAGCCACUUGCGGCCUGUCUUCUUUGCGUUGUUGCUGCUUUUUUGGUGGGGGUGGAAUCCUACCUGGAUUUUAGGCAUGACGGCUAUAAUGACUCUCGAGGAGGAAAGGCAGAAUACCGCUGAGUGUCAGCUGCUGAGGAGCAACAAAAACUUCAUGGCUUGCUGGAUUGCUUUCUGGGGGCAACUGGUUGGCCACGAUGGGAAAUGAGAUGCUGGUCUGGAGCAGGAAUUGCCAAACUUUUUUGGUCCACUGUUCCUCUGGUUCCAUAAUGUAUCUCCAGUGCCCCUUCUCGCUGCGACAGGAAGGUAAACAGCGUUUCUGUGUGCUCUGGUUUCCACCAUGGUGUUCUGUUGUGCCAGAAGGAGUUUAAUAAAAAUAAUAAAAAUAAAAUUUAUAUCCCACCCUCCCCAGCUGAAGCCAGGCUCGAUUGGGAGCCGCCCAGAGUGGCUGGGGAAACUCAGCCAGAUGGGCGGGGUAUAAAUAAUAAAUUAUUAUUAUUAUUAUUAUUAUUAUUAUUAUUAUUAUUAUUAUUAUCAGAGCUUAGUCCUGCUGGCCACAUGACACAGAAAGCUGUAUGCGGACAAACACCGGCCCCCUCGGCCUGAAGGCGAGAUGAGUGCCACAACCCCAUAGUCGCCUUUGACUGGACUUAACCAUCCAGGGGUCCUUUACCUUAGGGACACGGGUAGCGCUGUGGUCUAAACCACUGAGCCUCUUGGGCUUGCUGAUCAGAAGGUUGACGGUUCAAAUCCCCGCAAUGGGGUGAGCUCCCGUUGCUCUGUCCCUGCUCCUGCCAACCUAGCAGUUCGAAAGCACGCCAGUACAAGUAGAUAAAUAGGUACUGCUGCAGCAGGGAGGUAAACGGUGUUUCUGUGCGCUCUGGCACUUGUCACGGUGUUCCGUUGUGCCAGAAGCAGUUUAGUCCUGCUGGCCACAUGAUCUGGAAAGCUGUCUGUGGACAAACGCCAGCUCCCUUGGCCUGAAAGCGAGAGGAGCACCGCACCCCAUAGUCGCCUUUGACUGGACUUAACCGUCCAGGGGUCCUUUACCUUUACCUUUACCAUAUUAAAAACAUUAUUCGGAAUAGCAAUUUCCAAGACCCACUGGGGAAUAUAAUAACACAAUAAAAUUCAAAACAGUAACAAUUGAUUGCAUAUUUAUUCAAAAUCGAGUUAAAACUGUUUAAUUAGUUAAUAAAAUGGAUGAGCUUGAUCCAUCGAUACCAGCUUUUCAAAGACUGAUAAUCUUCGAUGUGCAAUUAGGAUAAUUUUAUAAAAUAAAAUUGAUAGUAAGUGAAAUAACAUGGAGAAAGUAAAGUCUAAGCACGUAUUUAAGGAAUUUAAUUCGGGAACGCAAGGGGAAGAUAAGCCUUGUAAAAUUGAAUCACAAAUGUAUACUAUACACAAAGCAAAUAUGAAUAAUUGUUUAUUUUUUAUUUCUCGUUUUGCCUAUAAGAUCUAUUGUACAUUUUUGUUACAAAGUUUUCAACCAGUAAAGCAUAUUAAAAAACAACAACAAAGACUGAUAAUCAUUUGUGCUUUCAGUGCCCCCUUUUACCCUUUGCCUCUUAGUGCCCCCCUGGGUAAUCCCACCGGUACAGCGCACUUUGGGAGCCACUGGUCUGGAUGGAUCCUUUCUCUGAUCCAUCAGAGUUCUUCUUACAUUCUUCAGAGGAAGGAAAUGCAAAGUAGUUCCAAAGGUGGGAGGGAUGGAAACUCCAUCUAGUUGGGGUCCUUUACCAGCUCCAAGCAAUAGGUUGCAGCAGUUUUGGCUAGUUUUGGCCUGUUCCCCACUCAGCAGAGCAGUCAGCGUAAGGUUUAAUUUGGCCCAAAUGUUUGCUAGGCAAGGGGCUGUUCCUGAAUGGUUGUUGCCUCCCUGGAAAUUCCCUCCCUGUUUUGAGCCAGCCUUUGAAGUCGCAAUUAACAUUUUGACACUUCCUUUCCUGUCCCUUCAGAGGUUGCCAACAGCCCGAGCUCCUACAAGGAGACCUACGAGCUGGUUGCCCUGGGAACGGGAGAUGUAUGCUACGAGGGCUGGAUGGAGUUCAAAGGCAGGAGAAUCCAUGAUAUGCAUGGGCUAGUGGUUGCCCGCAGAGCGCUUCUGAGGUAAGGCACCCCUUCUUCCCAGCGCUGAUGUGCAGUGCUGGUUUUAUUGGCCAGGUUAAAGAAGAGCAAUUUAGGAGGGAAGCAACAGGUUGAAGGCAGGAUGAGAUUUUACAAGUGAAUCAAUUUUGCCUUCUGACCAAACUGCGGGAGGCAGUGGAAGACAGAAGUGCCUGGCGUGCUCUGGUCCAUGGGGUCACGAAGAGUCGGACACGACUAAACGACGAAACAACAACAACAAUUUUGCCUGGAAAUCGCAAGAGGUUCUUAUUUCUAAUCCCAGGUGUUGGGGACUGGUUGGGAUAACCUAAUGAUCAGGGAAACUCACUUGGUAUCUGCUCAGAGGUAUUCUUCUCUAACGCUGCCUUGCAUAUUCUAGAGAUGAACCCUCUUAUCACUAGAAAGCCCAUGACUGGAGUUGGUAGCUAGCUAUAGCCCCCACACUGAGAAAGGGAGUUCUUCAAACAGAGGAGCAGAGGAGUUUGGCAACAAGACUGAGGAGCAAUGGGGUUUCUUCAGGCAUUGCCCAGUUACUUUGGUUGGUGUCGUGUUUCAAAGAUACAUGUCUCAGUUACAUGGAUUGGGGAGAAAAUCAAUUUUUGUUUGCACUUUAAUGAGAAGCUGCUGAAUUCACAGUUCACUAUCCAGUGUGCAAACUGAAACAGCUCUCUUUCAAAAUCUGGAAUUUUAUGGUUUUAGUUUUUUUAUUAAUCAAAACAAACUCUUAACAAUCAACUGAUAUGUGAAACAAUGAUUACAGAGGGUAAAGUAAGCAAACUACAACCUCUUAUAUUGAUAUACAUAGAAGGGGGUGGGAAGAAGAAGAAGAAAAAGACAAAACAGAAGAGAAGGGAGUACCUGGAGAUGGGUGGCAGGAGAUUGCCCUGCGGUCUGAUUGAAGGCCCGAAGACACAACAGCCUUUACAAGCUACAACAUUUGGUAUUCCCAGGUACUUAUACAAGCAGCUACUGAUGUUCUGCUGCCAAGACCCCACCGCCCUUGAGAAGUGCAUCUUCCGCCUGGCAGAGGACGGGGUGCACCUGACUCUGAAACCAAAUUACUUUCUGCAUCUCUACCUGAGUCGGAGGCCCAAAGGAGCUUCAGAGAACACCCGGUGAGUGUUUGCCUGUGGCUCAGAGCAGGAUACAGAGCAGGCGAGAGGAGAGAGAGAUCAUGCAGGUCAGAUGGGCUGUUUGGUCUUUGUGGUGGGGAUCUCGGUGGCAAGUGGUGGCUGGUCCCUUAGGGCAAAUGAGGCACUAUCCUGCCAACCUCCACCUGCCCUCAGCCAGCCCCCGCCACACCUGCCUUCUUACUUGUAACCGUUCUGGGGACUGGCACUUCCUUUUAGCUUUCUCCUUUUGUCUUAGCAUUGCCCUUGCAGAAGGUGGAAGGGAGGGGGGUGGAACUAGAAGGAGCUGGUUCUGCCUGUUGUUCAUUAUGGCUCCACUUAGCAGUUGGCCUCCUUGCCCUCUGGCCUCCUGGCCCCAAAGGGCCAUUUGGGAGAAAGCUAAGAAACCCAGGAGAAGGGUUUUGAUCCCCACUCAGGCUGCAGGAAGACGAUAGAUUGUAGGAGAACUGCAAGUGCUUUGAGAGAGGCAUUCGCAAUUUGUAAGUUGCUCACUAUUUACUUCUGGCCCACUCUUGUGUUUGGUCGGACAGGUUUUUGAAGCAGCCCCCUAAAACCUGUAAAAACUAUUUAUCCUCCCUUUCUAUGGUUUUUUGACAAUUGACAAAAUAGCUGCUCAGCAGCCAAGCUUGCAUCAGGCGAAGUUUUGUCUAUCUUUGCAUUUCCUCUAAUCCAAGAGGCUGCUUUUGGCAUUAACAACAAAAGAAUAAUACUUUUAAUUUAUUAUAUUCUGCCUUAUUUCCAUCGUAGCUUUCCAGGUCACAUGCAGGGUUCCCUGGUGGUCUCUGUAUCCAGUUGCUGGCAGGGUGCAGACCUGCUUAGCGUCAGCGCAGUGUCAGCACCCUGUAUCUUCAGACCACCCCCUGGGAUCUUCCAGUCCCAAUUCCUGUACCUGAAUCCUCCCCAUACUUCCCUCUCUGAGUUGAUAGAAUUUCCCCUUCCCCUCCUGUGGCCUGCAGGAUUGUGUCUCCACAGCCGAAUCCAUCCAUUGGGCUCCACAUCAGCAUUAAAGGGGUCCUCAGGCCCAUCUCGUACUGCCGCCCCAGCGCGCUGUCUGCCUACGUCUACUGUGUCUCCAGCAGCGACAAGCUGACCCGCUGGAGUGCCUUGGGAGUGCAGGGGGCCCUUCUCAGCCACAUCAUCCACCCUGUGUACAUCACCAGCAUUGUCCUAGGUGACGUAUGUUUUUGUUACUACAGAACUCGCAUAAAGAGCCCAUGAACUGUAUUGGCAGCAUCCAAACUGCAGAAAUGUUUCCAUUCCAUGCUUGUACAUCCCAGGACACUGGGCUUUCCUUGCCUUGAGGCACUAAAUGAACAAAAAUCCUUUUAGGUUUUUUUUUUUUUUUUAAAGGUAAAGGACCCCUGACAGUUAAGUCCAGUUGCGAACGACUCUGGGGUUGUAGCGCUCAUCUUGCUUUAUAGGCAGAGGGAGCCGGCUUUUGUCAGCUCUGCAGAUAGUUUUUCCAGGUCAUGUGGCCAGCAUGACUAAGCUGCUUCUGGUGAAAGCAGAGCAGCGCACGGAAACGCCGUUUACCUUUGACAGGUUUUCAAACUGCUAGGUGGGCAGGACCUGGGACCGAGCAACGGGAGCUCACCCUGUCGUGGGGAUUCAAACCGCCGACCUUCUGAUCAGCAAGCCCAAGAGGCUCAGUGGUUUAGACCACAGCGCCACCCGCAUCCCUAUUUUGAACUUUAUCAGCAUGCUAAUACACAGGGUCCUAAGGAGCCUCUGAGGGGACCCUCUUGCAGGGGAUGCACCCAAAGCCAACUCUCUGGGGAUUGAAAAAAAAUUUAAAAGAAUUGGGGGGGGGGACACUCCCUUCAGGGGUACCACCUCUCUCCAUAUGAACCAACCUGGACCCGGAGAUCAUCCUCUGAGGCCCUUCUUCAUGUGCCUCCUCCACAAGGGGUCAAGAGGGUGGCAACACAAGAACAGGGCCUUUUCUGCAGUGGCUCCCAUUUGUGGAAUCCUCUCCCCAAGGAGAUUAAUCUGGUGCCUUCAUUACACCCUUUUAGAUGUCAGUUGAAAAUGUUCCUCUUCAACCAGGCCUUCGGCUGAUUGACAUCGGAUGCUCUUUUAAAUGUGUUGUAGGAGGGGCGGAUUAUUGGUUUGUUUUCGUUAUUUUAAUUCUGUAUUUUUUGCUUUUAUAUUGUAACUCUGUGUUGUGAACUGCUCUGAGAUCUAUAGAUGAAGGGUGGUAUACAGAUUUAAUAAAUAAAAUAGUCAUAGUAAUACCCCAUGGCACAGUAAGUGCAGGGGCAGGUCGGGGCUCCUUAAAUGGCAGCUGAGCCAUUUACUGCCUUGCCCCUCUCUCUGACUGCAGCUUAAAUCACAUCAGUGCCUCAAUUGUCCUGGGCAGAGUUGGCAGCCCCUGCAGAUGUGGGGCUGGCUGUGCACUAAGCUCCCAGAUUACAACAACCUUGGAAUUCGUUACCUUCUCCUCACAAGUAACUUGCUCUCUCUCCUAAUUUCACGUUUCAGCUGAUCCUUACCAAGACCAUGACACCCUCCAUAAGGUCAUCAAUGAGCGAUUGAACCUGGCAGCCUCGGAUAGCUUGCCAAAGCCAUUUAACCACAGACAGAUAUACCUUUUUAAGGGUCCCUGUGCCGCGUCCCUUGACACGCCAGCAGAGUUUCGCUCCUUGAGCUUCAACUGGUGUGGGGGAGACGAGAUGCUGGAACUAGUGAACGCAGCUGUUGGGAAGGCAGUACAGGAGUGAGUUUGGGGCACUGGGGGCUUGGGUGUGGGAAUGGGGUAGGCCUAUGAGUGUGUGUGUGUGUGGAAUCAGUUGUGGUUUUACUACUGAUAAAAGGAUCCAAACUCGACAAGCAGAAUUCGGUGGCUUCUCUGUUUCUGUAAAUUAUGCUCUUUAUGCAGGCACCCCUUGUUCUAAUAAGUCACUUGGGUUGUUCAGGAGCAGGGGCAGCCAGUCAAAAGUAAAGCCCGACAAUGUCUCUAUGUGUUUGGGUAUCUGAAAAUUCACUGCAUUACAGGUGGUUGAAAUGGGAAACAGCUGAGGGUUAGCUACUGUUUGAUGCCAAGUUUUGCUUCAGGCCUGUGUUUUGGGAGGCAGGGGGCUGAGAAAUAAAAGGUCCUCCAGCUGUUGGGAGUCCAGUGCAGUUUUCCCUACCUCUAAGCUCUAAACGUUGGCAACAAAACCAUAAAGAAAUUCAAAUCCAGUACUAAAGGCUACUUUGUCACUACUGAUAGGCUAAAAAUGGCUGCAUGUCAGUGGAACACUAUAGUUUGUUUUUUCUUAAAACGAGGACUUACUCCUCCUGCAAAUAACCACAUCGCAUGUAGGAAGAAUGGGUGUGUGUGUGUGGGUGUGUACACACACACACACACACACACACACACACAAAAUGCAAGCUUGCAUGGGUCAUGUAGAAAGGAAGGCAUAGUGGUAAUUGCUGAAUUCAGAUUCUGUUAAUUCCACACAUUUUAUCAAAUUUGGAUUCUUGAGUCAGAACCUGAUCAUUCUCACUCAUGUCCUUUCUUGGUACUGUGGUUGAAUUGUGUGCUGGGACACACUGGCUUUUGUUGAGGUCCUGCUUCGUUGUGAGGUGUUGCUGUUGAUUCAUGUAACACCCCUUGUUGAUGGAUCGCUCUUGCCUCUGCCAGCAUGACGAAUCCAUUUGACCAGUACCGCCCAAGUCGGCUCUGCAAGGCUGCCAUGCUGAAAUCCUUCAGGAAGGUGGCUCAGGAGAUGAAGAGAGAAGACUUGAUGCUGCUGCCCACAUAUUAUGAAGCCAAGGUGAGUCUUUUCAGUUGCCCCAAAGAGUGUGUGGUGGGUUUUGGUUCCCUUGUUUUCCUUUCAUUGAGGUGGUCUGUUCUUGAUGGGGUCUGAAGAAGCAGGUACGUAGCUUGAGGGUACUUCUGGGUCCAUUGAAGUUGCUUGAGUCUCAGGUGCAAAGUCCUUUUCAUCAGCUUCGGCUGGUGGCCCAGCCGUGCACCUGUCUAGACAGGGAUAGUCUAACUUUUGUUGUCUGUGCUCAGAUAACUAGGUUAGAUUGCUGCAACAUUUUAUACAUAGGGCUGCCUCUGAAACUUCAGCUGCUGCAAAGUUUGGUGGACAUGUUGCUCACAGAGGCAAGACAGUUUGAGCAUACAAUGCCAAUCCUGGCCCGACUGCAGUGUCUGUCAAUUAGUUUCUGGGCCCAAUUCAAAGUGAUGGUUUUGACUUAUGAAGCCCUAAACAGCUCAAGACUGCAAUACAGUACCUCAAGGACCGCCUCUCAUAUGAACUGACCCAGAUUCUGUAAUAAAACUAAUAAUAAUAAUAUAAUAUUUAUAUGCCACCCAUCUGACUGGGUAAGCCCAGCUACCUGAGGCCCUUUUCCAUGUGUCUCAGUGAGAAGUCCAGAGGGUGGCAACAUAAGAGGGGGCCUUUUAUGCAGUGGCUCCCUGUUCAUGGAAUGCUCUCCCCAGGAGGGUUGUAUUUGUUUUUUUAAGUAUUUUGUAUUCUCAUUUUCUAUUUUAUGUUGUGAAUGAAUCGCCCAGGGAUCUUUGGAUGAAGGGCAGUAUAUAAAUUUAAUAACGAGAAAAAAGAUGAUAAAGAAAAUAAGUAAAUAAGGAGAAUUUCAAGGUGGGUGUUGGUGGGCUCACAAAUCUUUCUCUCGAACAUCCCUUCUAGACGCCUCCUUUCUUUCCCUCAACUAGGUCAAAGCUGAGGUCUAUCAGACAGCCAAGCACCAGGUGUAUGCCCAGCUGAGCUCGCAAGACUUUGGCAAGUGGCCCCAAAAGCAGUUGGUGGACAUCUUCCCCAGUUAGACUGCACUGCUGGCUAAGCUACUGCUUGCAUACUGAAGACAUUUCAGGCUUAAGGUGGAUGGCUGGCUGGGUGGGUGUGCGCAAGGCUGGUAAAUCUUCACCUAGCAAAUGGAGAGCUCUAAACGUUGCUGUACUUUGGGGAUGGAUGGGGCUAUAAAUGUUUAAAUACAUCGUUUUGCCAUGAUGCCGUUUUCACAGCAGUCCUUUCCUAUGAUGGAAUAGGAAAGUUGGGUGUGUAACUGAGGCUUAAAGUUCUGACUUGACAUUUACUUAGAGUUCUACUUUUUCUUUGUACCUGCUUUGGGGCUGUGUCCAAACACAGCCACAAACUAUGGUGAUUGUUUUGGGAAUGAGGCACAGAAAGCCCUGAGCUGUCCCACUCCCCUGACUCUCCUCUGGGAUGGGUAAUGAAACAGGCUUGUUUCAACACAGACCAUAGUUAAGAUUAACCUCGGUUUAGGAUUUGCACGUAUGGUUAAUCAAAAAAGGAAGUGGAAGCUUCUGAUCUCUCAACCCUGCUGGAGGAAGAGAGUGGGCAGUGGGCAGCCUCCCUCUGCAGUUUAUUCCUGGAAUAAUAUACAAUGGGCUAUUAAACCAUAGUUUAUUGUUACAUUUUAAUUCAGUCUCUGUUUAAUUCAGUGUGUUGCAGGAAGGUCAGGGUAACAUGUGAAAUACGCACGAUUUGCGCAACCAUGUGAGAAGGAGGCUGUGUGACAAACUUCUCUGUACCUUUAUAAAGACUGCACAUUUCCCUGAUCUUUAAAUAUGCACACACUAAUCUCAGAGAACACGUAAGCAAACGUCUUCAGAUUUCAUUACUGUGGAUUUGAAGGCUUAGCUUUGGGGAUUUUUAUUUAUUUAUUUUGCUAUUUGCAAUUGAAACUUUAACAGUUAAAGGCAGGAUCCAGUUGAGCAUCCCAGGCCAAUUUUUCACUUAAACCGCAGUUUGGUUUCUGUCAGCUCCUCUCCACAAUUUGUCACACUUUGGUUCUGUUUCAUGGUGGAAAUAAAUGAGAAAUUGUCACACAUUCAGGUUGUACUUAAUUGGGUGUCUUUUAUGACAAGGGGUUUGAGAGCCGGCCGUUUUGUGUUUGUUUGGAAAUGCACUUGUUUUGGCUGCUAAUUUUGUAGAACAGUCUUUGCAGAUAUUACUGCUGAAGUAAAGAAUUGCAAACCUUAGAA